AUGGGUGGGAUUGGCAAGACCACCCUUGCUCAGAUGGUAUACGAGGAUAAAACCGUGGACAAGUAUUUCAAUCUGAAAGCAUGGGUCUAUGUUUCAAAUGAGUUUGACAUUAUGAAAAUAACAAAAACUGUUUAUGAUUCAGUGACUUCCGAAACAUGUAGUUUUAAUAACUUGGAUCAAGCUCAAGUUAAACUACGGAAGGCUUUGGCGGGAAGGAAGUUUUUAAUUAUUUUAGACGAUGUCUGGAACGAAGAUUACAAUGCUUGGAAUGUUUUGAAGAAACCUUUCAAUGAUGGAGCCCAAGGAAGUAAAGUCGUGGUGACAACACGUAACAGAGACAUUGCAACAAUGAUGGCAACUGUUGAACUCCAUGACAUUAAGAUCCUAUCAAAUAAGCAUUGUUGGUCAUUGUUUGCACAACAUGCCUUUGCAAAUACAAAUAUUGAUGCAAAUCCAAAUUUGGUAUCAAUUGGUAAGAAAAUUUUGGAGAAAUGUGAAGGUUUACCUCUCGCUGCUAGGACACUCAGUGGCCUUUUACGCAACAAAGUACGAGAUGAGGAAUGGGUAAAUGUAUUGCAUAGUAAAAUAUGGGAUUUACCACCCAAUAAAAGUGGCAUCCUUCCUGCUUUGAGAUUAAGCUACCAUGAUCUUCCUUCACAUUUAAAGCAGUGCUUUGCAUACUGCUCAAUAAUACCCAACGACUAUGAAUUUAAGGAAGAGGAGCUAGUCCUGUUGUGGAUGGCAGAGGGCUUCAUUCAACAACAAAAAGAGAAGCAAAUGGAAGAUGUAGGAGCUGAGUACUUCCGUGAAUUGUUGUCAAGGUGUUUUUUCCAACCAUCUAGAACCUCUAAAUUUGUGAUGCAUGACCUCAUCAAUGAUUUGGCUCAAGUAGUUGCAAGAGAUACUUGUUUUAGAAUGGAGGAUAGAUUGAAAGAUCAGGACCAGUACAAGAAUCUAAAGAAAGCUCGACAUUCAUCUUACAUGCAGCAAUACUAUGAGUGUAUCAAAAACUUUGAGAUCAUUGAUAAAGCCAAGCAUUUACGGACUUUCUUACCAUUUGGCUUAAAAUAUAGGUCGGGUUAUAAUUUGGCAAGCAAUGUUCCCCUUAAUCUAUUCCAGGAGCUAAAACGCUUAAGGGUGCUCAAUAUGAGUAGAUAUCUCAUCACAGAACUUCCAAAUUCGGUUGGAGAUUUGAAACAUCUACGAUAUCUUAACCUUUCCUACAGCCAUAUAAAAGAAUUACCUGAAUCACUAGGCUCUCUCUACAAUCUACAAACGUUGAUGUUAAGAGAAUGUAAAAAACUAAAAAAGUUGCCUCUAGAUAUGGGAAACCUAAUUGACCUACGUCAUCUUGAUACUACAGGUGCAGAUUCCGUAGAAGAAUUGCCAAUGGGAAUAGGUAAGUUGGUUAGUCUUCAUACACUGUCCAAUUUUAUUGUUACUAAAACCAAUGGGCAUCGGAUAAAAGAGUUGGGGAACUUAAUUUAUCUACAAGGGAAGCUUUGCCUAUCUGGAUUACAGAAUGUGGUGAAUCCUCUAGAUGCAAGGAAGGCGAAUUUAAAUGAUAAGAAGGGAUUAUAUGUGUUAUCAAUGGAAUGGAGUGCUAACUCAGAUGAUUCACGAGAUGGAAGAGUUGAAAUAGAAGUGCUUGACAAGCUACAACCUCACAAGAAUUUAAAAGAGCUCCAUAUCAAAGGCUACCUUGGUACAUGA